ACUUAGUAAUCAGUAUUAGGUAGUAGUAUGGACAGGUACCUACCUAAUAAAUAUAACAGAAUGCUAAUAAUUAGUAAUUAAUACUUACCUAAUUAAUUAAAAUAAACAAUACAUAGGUCUUAGUUAGAUGUUUACAAUUUUAAUUAGUUAGUAGUAGAUAAUGUAUUUUAUUUAUUUUUGUCUAUUAAAAAUGUGAUUAUGCUAUGCAUAAGUUAGUUUUAUAUGAAUACAUGAUGAGCAUCAGACCACUUCUUCGAUACAUUUUUUUUGUUAACAUAUUUAAAUACCUAAUUUAACUUAUAGCCGGCAAUGACUUGGUGUUGUUUUUAGUAAUUUAAAAUUGUAUGUAAACUCACAGCUAAGAUAAUAAGAACAAUUAGAAAAUUCAAGAAAACUACUAAACUAAAAAUAAUGUACACGAGUUAAGUACUUAUAAUUUAAUAGUAGUCAUUUAGUAGGCAUUAAUUAUACACAAAUUCUACACUACUACUCUUAAGGCUUGAAUAUAGUUUUAGUCAUGGAAAAUUGGAAAAAAAUUACAUAUGUGGUUGCCAUUUUUAUGUUUCUAGUAGAAAUACGGCCCCUAGAACCAUAUUUAACAGCUUAUCUCACUGGACCAAAUGGAAACAUUUCUCUUUCAGAGGCUGCUAACUCUAUGGAAUCUUUAAGAUCAUACUCUGCUCUUAUAGCAACGUUUAUAAUGUUAAUCAUCUCAGACUAUCUUCUAUACAAGACGGUGGUCAUAUUCUUAACAUUAUGCUCAUGUAUCGCUUAUGUUCUCAUGGCAGGUUCACCAAGCUUAACAGAAUUGAAAGUGUCAAUGGUCUUCUAUGGAUCAGCAUACUCUGCCACAAGUGUAGCAUCAUGUUAUUUAUUUGCUCGUAUCAAAGACAGAAAGCAUUUUCAAAAGUCUGCCAGCAUUGUAGCUGUUGGUUUGGAGUUAGGAAAAUUCUUUGGAGACGUCUCUGGGCAAAUUAUAGUCAGCUCAAGUGGAGGAAGUUACACAGCUCUUCCAUACUGUAAUGCAUUUGCUAUGUUCUUGGCUGCAUUAUGGGCAUUUUUAUUUCCUUCUAUUAAUGAAAGGAAUUCUUUAGGGACAUAUUUACCAAAUGAAAAGACUACGCUUCUCAAAAAUAGUGAACAAAUUACAACUCACUCUCAUAAAAUCAAACAUUAUAAUACCAUGGUAGAUAAAGAAUAUAUGAUAAUUAUUGUUUUGAAACAAAUUUGGUUGGAUUUUAAGACUUCAUUUUCUAAAACAAUUAUAUUGAAAAAAUCUCUUUGGUAUAUAUUUGGCAUGGCAGCAUAUGUUCAGAUUUUAAAUAAUAUGAAUGUGCUGUAUUCAUAUGUCGUCAAUAAACAUGGUAAUAAUGAUGUAUUGUCAAAUGGAUUUGCUGAAUCAAUGGUCACAUUGUGUGGAGCUUUGGGUGCGUAUCUCAUUGGUAAAUUACAAUUGGAUUGGAAUUAUUAUGGUGAUAUAUUUACAUCAUUUUGUUCUAUUUUGAUGGGUGUUUUCAUGAUAUCUUGUUACUUUUAUGAGCAUAUACAAUUAAUAUAUUUGUCAUAUAUAUUAUAUGGUCUAAUUAGUGAAGCAAUAUUAGUAAUAACCUUGUCUGAAAUAGCAAAUAAUCUAAAAAGUCAAUGUUAUUCCCUUAUAAUAGGAUUUAAUUUAUUAGGUUCUUUAGUUAUGUCAGCUAUUAUGACAUUUUUUUUUGUUCAAUUUAAUUUUUUAGAAAUCACUGUUCCUGGAAGAUUUUUGUUCAUUGGUGGUUUGUACAGUAUUCUCGGAAUCAUAUUUUUGAUUAUAUAUUUUUUUGACGGACAAAAAGAAAAAAAAUAUAUGCCGACUGAUUUUUAUUGAUAAUAUAUUUAUUGUUAUACAUAUCAUUACCUCAAAUAUUUUCCAUAGUUAUUACUGAUUGCUAUGAAUUCAUACACAGGAUUAUGAAAAUAAAAUUUUAAAAAGUCACAAAUUAUUGUUAUACAUCAUUACCUCAAGUAUUGUUUUUAGUUAUUAUUAGUUAAAAAUGAUUUAGAAUAUAUUUAUUAUUCAAUAAAUGAUUUUGAAGAACUCAAAUCAUUUUUGUUAAAAAAAUUAACAAGAUGUAAAAGAUAAGAAUAAUAACUAUUACAAAUAAUACAAUAUAUUAUUACAUAAGUAAUUAUAUGUGUGCCUUAAGCGGCAUAAGCUAAUAAGACAUAAGUAGAUAUAAUAAGUUUCAUUUUUUAUUUAAUUUUAUUUAGCUUUAAUAACUAGUUAUUGGUUAUAAUUAAUAUUUACUACUUAGCUUUUUUUUAAAAUUUUAAAUUGUUGUAUAAAAAUUGUUUUUUUUAUGAUUGAUCGGUGGUUUUUGUGAUUUCAAGAUUUCACAUUGUUUAUUAAGUGCCUAUACUAUUUUUUUCUUGUAGUUUCUCAUAUGUUUUGAUACAUUUAAAAUUCUGUAAAAUGUGGUUGCAGUGUUAGUUGUUAGUUUGUUAAUGGCUAUGCGUCUAUGUAUUCAUUUUAUGUGGUUAAUUUAUUAGUCUAUUAAUUGCAAUUUCAUAUUUCCUAUUGGUUAUUGUUAUUUUUUACAGGCUACUUGUUAUUUUUAUUUUACUUAGUUUUUGAAUUAUAUUUUUUACGAUUUAUCCCAUUUUAGAAGGUAGGCAUUAGAUAUUUAUUUAUUUGUUUUUUUUUUUAUAUUGUAUGUUUGAGUAGGUAUUUGUUUGUUCUAAAUUUGUUUUGUGAUAAACUUUACAACUUAGUCUGCUUAUUCAUUUUCUUAUUAUUGUGGUCUGGAAUAAAUAAAACAAUUUUUUUUUAAA